GAUUGGCGCAUGCGCAGUACAAACAGCCGUUCGGCGGGUACUUGCGCUAACUCCCGACUAAUGCUAAUGCAGAUAUCGCCACUUUUUUCUCUUUAAACUCCUCAUACUUAUGUCAACCUGCGGCCAGGACGUGAGGUGAAACCGAGCGGAGAAGGAGACCCAUCCCAGCGGGUCACCGCGCACUAUCAGCGGCUUAAAGGAGCAGUCUGAGCCGCGGGAGUUUGGCUCUUUAGGUGUUAGCUCCAGAGGCUAACGGAGGCUAACGGCGCUUGUUUUGGUUCAGUUUGCUAAUGUUAGCUUCCCGUUAGCUUCCCGUUAGCUUCCACUCAGCUCCCUCUGCUCACAGUUUGACUUCCCAUCAGAGCCUGAGAGGAGAGACGUCAUCGGGCAGAACAUGGCGCCGGUGUCGGACGUGAAGCAGGGGGCAGAGGGCGGCAGACGCCUGUCCAGAGAAGACUGUCUGUGUCCCAUCUGUUUGGAGAUCUUCAUGGAGCCGGUGACGCUGCUCUGCACUCACACCUUCUGCAAGGUGUGCUUCCUGGAGUCUGUGGACAAAUCGACUCUCUGCUGCCCCCUGUGUCGUAAGAGAGUGUCAACGUGGGUGAGAGAGCACAGCCGCAACAACAGUUUAGUGAACGAGGCUCUGUGGGAGAGGAUCCAGAGGGAGUUCCCCCAGAGCGCAGAGAGGAGAAGAGAGGAGGAGCAUACAGAACCAACGUGUUUCCCCCGACUCAGUGAACCUGGAGCUCUGAGGCAAGAGUAUGAAGACCAGCUCUCUAAGCUCACAGAGGAGAAGCGUGCUGUGGAGGAGCAGGAGCGCAGGGCGAGUGAGGAAUUGAUUCAGAGACUCUUGGAGGAGGAGGAGGAGCUUGUGAAGGAGCAGAGGAGACGCGCUGAAGAGGACGAGAGACUGGCCCGACUCCUGAGUCAACAACUGAACGAAGCGGCAGAGUCAGAGCGGAGCCGUGUCCCAGAGCAAACUCCAGUGAAGAAGAAACCUGUGGGGCAGAUGGACAGGUUCCUCUGUCCUCUGUCCAGAAGCCACAGCUCCCAGGCCAAUAAGGAGAACAUCUUGGCUCGUCUGAGUUCUUCGUUGGAGCCUCCACAGCUCGACUUCUACGGUCCUGAAACAGAACGUGACCAAUCACAUCUGCAGGAGUCUGUCCAGGAGGAGACGGACAGGAGCACGGACCAAUCAGAUCACGGGGACAUGCCUGUGGAGGGCGGGAAUAAGAGGAAGAGCGAUGAGGUGCGGUCGGAGGAAGAGGAGGAGACACGAGGCAAACGCAGCUGUCAAUCAUCCUGUCUGGUGGGCGUGUCCAUGGUGGAGUGGGAGGCGGAGCUUCAGAGACGCAGGAGACAGGAGGAGGACGAUCUGCGUCUGGCUCUGGAGCUACAGCGACAACUCGACCGACAACGAGAGACCGACCGAAGGAAAGGCUCCGAAGACGCCUACCCCCUCAGAACCCCCCGGAGGACACGGGAGAGUACUGCAGCUACUCCUGUCCGAAGAAGACCUCCACCCUCUGCCACGGUCACCCUGUCCACUCUGAGCGCUCCUCAAAUGACCCCAUCUGACCCCAAAUCUGCUGUACCCACAUCUCCAUCUGCCCCUGCUCCUCCAAAACAAACGUGUGCCUUUAAAUCUCUACUGUCAACUCCAAAACCAGGUCCAGGGACGCCCAAAACCUGCCAGAAAUCACCCAAAACCUGCCAGAAAGCCAACCGGCAAACCACACUCACAGAUCUGUUCAACCUGCACAGCUCAAGAUGAACCGGACCCAAAAACACGAGGAGUAAACUCUGGUGAAUAAAACUGUUGAACUGCUCUGAGUUUGGAUUUUGUAAAUAGGGAAAAAACAUUUUGUUAAAGAAAUAUGCAAAAAUAACAUUUGAGUUUAAAUUUGGGACUAAACCAGGACCAGAACUUAAAGAGGUUUAUUAUGUAAAAUCACCUUUUUGGAACGUUCUGUCGUGUUCUAACACUGCAUCAGAAUCCAUACAUGUUUGAGUAAUCUAGAGAUCUCUCCCACGCCCUACUCAAAUCCUCCUUAUGCUUAUCCUGUACGAGGCUCCGCCCACAUUCCAUAUUUACUCUCUACACUAACAGUUAAUGGCCUAUAGAAGUAAAAUACUGGACCAGGACCGAGCUAAACCUCGGUCUAAGUCAAUGGCAUUAAACUAGAAAUGUGUCAAACCGAAGGACUGAAAACAGAAUUCAGGACUAAAUCAGGAUUUGAACCAGGGACCUUCUCGUUUGGGGGUAAAUGGGGCUUCUCUGAUUUUAGUUUGAAAAGAACAAAGUUUGUGUUUUCUUUGGUAUCCGCACACAUCUGCUCAAAUCAAGUAGUCCCUCAAAGUCCUGGUUUAGUCCUGGUUUAGUCCUGGUUUAGUCCUGGUUCAGUCCCGGUUUAGUCCCGGUUUAGUCCCGGUUUAGUCCCGGUUUAGUCCCGGUUCAGUCCCGGUUCAGUCCCGGUUUAGUCCCGGUUCAGUCCCGGUUCAGUCCCGGUUUAGUCCCGGUUUAGUCCUGGUUUAGUCUUUAAAGCUGCAUUAUGGGACUUGACUGCACAUAUUGCUUUGGUGGAAUGUUUCACAGUGUGGCAUUAAGUCGUCUUGUGCCUUAAAAGGUGAACACAAACGUGACUCGGUGCUUUUAAACGGUUUGGUGCGGUUGCUCCGCCGUGGCGUGAGGCGGAGCUUCCUGAUGAUUCACCUUGAUGAGUUUAGAAGUGCAUUUUACAACUGAGGGUUGAGAGGGCGGAGUUUUGCUAACAACAACUAGCAUGCUAGCGUGCUCUUCCUGAUUUUUACCUGCUUGUCUUCAUGGAUGUAAAUACGUUUAAAGUCAUACUGUCGUCCUAACAUCUCCAUGGAGACUCCCUCCACUAGAAAAGUUCCACAGUGGAGCUUUAAAUCAGUAUUCAUAUAAACGUGUUGAGUUCUUUCAUGUUCUACACUGAACGUCUGCUGCUGAAAUAAACCUUCACUGUACAAAUGUC